GUGUGUGUGUUGUGUGUGUGUGUUUUGGUGCUCAGGGAUGUGCCAUGGCAUCGGUCCGGGUGGCAGUGCGGGUUCGGCCCAUGAACAGACGGGAGAAAGACCUGUCCGGCAAAUGCAUCAUCGAAAUGGAAGGCAAUAAAACCACCAUCUCCAACUUAAAAAUUCCAGACGGAGUGACUGGAGACUCUGUACGGGAGAAAACCAAGACUUUCACAUAUGAUUUCUCUUACGACUCGUCAGACUGUAAAAAUGCCUGCUUCGUCUCACAGGAGAAGGUGUUUAAGGAUCUGGGCACGGAUGUGUUGAAGGCAGCAUUUGAAGGAUAUAACGCUUGCAUCUUUGCUUAUGGUCAGACUGGAUCAGGGAAGUCACACACCAUGAUGGGAAUCCCUGGUGACCUCGGACUAAUCCCACGCAUCUGUGAAGGAUUAUUCAGCCGGAUUUCAGGAAUGACUCGGAGAGAUGAAGCCUCUUUCCGUACGGAGGUCAGCUAUUUGGAGAUUUACAACGAGCGUGUGCGGGAUUUGUUAAGGAGAAAGAUGGCGAAGACUUAUAACCUUAGAGUCAGAGAGCACCCUAAAGAGGGACCCUAUGUAGAAGACCUGUCGAAGCACCUGGUGCAGAACUACAGUGACGUGGAGGAGCUGAUGGAGGCUGGAAACAUCAACCGCACCACAGCCAGCACCGGCAUGAAUGAUGCCAGCAGCCGCUCACACGCCAUCUUCACCAUCAACUUCACACAGGCUAAGUUUGACGCUGAGAUGCCGAGUGAAACGGUUAGCAAGAUUCAUCUGGUGGAUCUGGCGGGCAGUGAACGAGCAGAUGCCACUGGGGCCACUGGUGUCCGGCUCAAAGAGGGCGGAAAUAUCAACAAAUCUCUGGUCACUUUGGGCAACGUUAUCUCAGCCUUAGCGGAUCUGUCGCAGGAAGGAGGAAACAGUCAACUGAAGAAGAAGCAAGUGUUUGUUCCUUACAGAGACUCGGUGCUGACGUGGCUCCUGAAGGACAGUCUGGGAGGAAACUCAAAAACCAUCAUGAUCGCUACUAUUUCACCUGCGGACGUCAACUACGGCGAGACGCUAAGCACACUGCGCUAUGCUAACCGUGCCAAAAACAUCAUCAACAAGCCCACCAUUAAUGAAGACUCCAACGUUCGCCUCAUCCGAGAGCUGCGGGCUGAGAUCGCACGCCUGAAAGCACUGCUUGCGCAGGGAAACCAGAUAGCGCUGCUGGAUUCACCCACAGCAUUGAGUAUGGAGGAGGAACUGCACCAUAAUGAAGCCCGGGUGCUGGAGUUAACCAAAGAAUGGACAAAUAAAUGGAACGAAACACAGAACAUCCUAAAGGAGGAAACUCUGGCUCUGAGGAAGGAGGGAAUCGGCGUGAUCCUGGACUCAGAGCUUCCGCAUCUCAUCGGCAUUGAUGACGAUCUGCUCAGCACCGGCAUCAUCCUCUAUCAUUUAAAGGAGGGAAGGACGUAUGUUGGUCGUGAUGAUGCCACUACUGAACAGGACAUCAUUCUUCAUGGUCUGGGUCUGGAGAGUGAGCACUGUCUGAUAGAGAGCCAGAACGGAACGGUCACUCUUAUUCCUCUGAAUGACGCUCAGUGUUCAGUCAAUGGAGUUCAGAUCACUGAGCCCUGCCAGCUUAACCAAGGUGCGGUCAUUCUCCUCGGCAGAACCAACAUGUUCAGAUUUAACCAUCCUAAAGAAGCAGCUAAACUACGAGAAAAGAGAAAGAGUGGCCUUCUCACCAGCCUGAGCUUAUCCAUGUCUGAUCUGUCUAAAUCCUGUGAAAACCUCUCCACCGUCAUGCUCUAUAACCCUGGUCUCUUCACUGAAAAGGGUCCCAUCUUUCUCAGACUGGAGUUUGAAAGGCAGCAAAGAGAAGAACUGGAAAAACUGGAAAAUAAGAGGCGGCUGAUCAAGGAGAUGGAGGAGAAGCAGAAGUGUGAGAAGGUGGAGCUGGAGCGCAUGCAGCAGGAGGUGGAGUCCCAAAGGAAAGAGUCGGAGCAGGUGCAGCAGCGCAUCCGCAGACAGGAGGAGAGUUUGCGCCGACGCAGCCAGGACAUCGAGAGCCGCCUCCGAGACCUGAUCGCAGAGAAGCAGAAAUUCCAGGAGGAAAGGCACAGAGACCAGAAGGAGCAGGAGGAGCAGAAACAGCUGAAGCAGGAGCUGGAGGAGAAGGAGAAAGACGAGGAGGAGGAGGAUGAGGAUCUGGAGGAAGAAGAAAAAACUCAGGCUCAGCGAGAGCGAGCAGAGCAAACCGAGCUCUUCCGUGAGCUGGAGCGACUCAAGAGAGAACGAGAGGAGCAGGCCGUCAAACUCCAGCUGGAGCGCAGGCGUCUGGAGGAGCGCGAGAAGGAGCAGCUGUGUCUGGUUGGGCGUCUGGAGGAGCAGCUGAGGGAGCGCAGCGAGGAGGCGUCCGCUCUGCUAAUGCCGGAUGAAGCCCGGCGUCUGCAGGAGGAGAGACAGACGCUUGCCGAGCUCAAAGAGGAGCUGCUCAGAGCCAAAGAGGCGCGCAUCGACGGGGAGGAGGAGGAAAGCGGGGACGCGGCCCGCAGGAGCGCACACACGCGGUACCAUCAGUUCAAGCAGACGCAGCUGGAGGAGCUGGAGCUGCUGGAGGACAGUCUGAUGCAGCAGCGGGACCGGCUGGAGAGAGAGCUGGACCAUGAACGCACGGCACUCGCACUCAUGAUGCACUCGCACAAGGACAAACAGAGACAGGUUCGGGAUCUGAUGGAACGAGGCGUUCAGGAUGUGUCGUCUCUGGGUCAGGAGGAGGUUCUGGUCCAGCAGGCUGAACACAGGCUGCAGUUUAAAGAGAAGCAGCUCAUGUCUCUGUGUGAGAAACAGCUGCCCGCCAUCUCAGAAGAGAAACAGAGAGCCCGAGACCUGCUGGAGCGCUUUAGAGGAGGACCAGACUGUCCCGCUGCAGACGACAUGGACAAAGAGCUGGACGAGACACUCUAUCAGGUGGAGAAGGAGCUGGAGGAGAAGGAGGAGCGUCUGUGUCAGUACAGUGCCAGCGCUGAGCAGUUACAGCAGCUCCAGCAGUCCUACGAGUUCACCGCCAACGUGGCCCGGCAGGAGGAGAAGGUGCGACGCAAGGAGAAGGAGAUCCUGGAGUGGAGAGAGAAGCAGCAGCGGGAGGCUCUGGAGCAGGCCGUCGCUCGCCUUCAGAGGAGACACUCGGCCUACCGCAGGAGCCUGAGCCUGGAGCCUGAUGCCCACACGCCCCGCAGACGCUCACAGUCCACACACAGCACCUGCAGGAGCACUCCAGCGCACGACCUGGAGCAGGACAGGAUGGAGCGAGAGAUCGCGCAGCUGAAGCAGAGGAUCAGCGAGAGUGAAGGAAGCGUUCGCAGUCUCAGUGUGAGCGGAGAAGAGAAAAACCAGUCGCCCGUCAGUCCCAUUCACACCCUGCCCACCGUUCUGUCUAUAGGAGACGAGAGGCUAAACGCAUAUAUUGAAGAGGAGGUGCAGAGGAGGCUCCAGAAACUCAACCUGCUGAACAGAGAAAACAACAACACGCUGUCACUGUCCUCAGACUCACUGCAGGAGGAGGAGCAGGAUAGUGAGGGUAGCUCUGUUAGAUUGACGGAUGAGGACAAUGAUAAAAGGCGUUUCGACCAGCGCAAACUCAAAUACGAGCGGCUGGUGUCGAUUCCUCUGGAUCUGAGUCCCGAGAGUCUGAAGGAUCCGGUGAAGAUCUGCAUCCCACGCUAUGUGCUGUGUGGACAGGGCAAAGACGAGCACUUUGAGUUUGAAGUCAAGAUCACUGUUCUGGAUGAAACCUGGACUGUGUUCAGAAGAUACAGUCGUUUUCGGGAGAUGCACAAAUCGAUGAAGCUCAAAUAUCCAGAGCUUGCUGCUUUGGAUUUCCCGCCCAAGAAGAUUUUCGGAAACCGAGACGAGCGGACGAUCGCAGAGCGCCGGAACCAACUGGAGCAAUACCUGCGCAACUUCUUUCGGGUGAUGAUGUCAUCAUCGUCCGCUUCUCCAAUAAGGACAGACGAGUUCGGCCUCAAUCUCUCCAAACACGCCGUCUGGGACAUCUCGCCCUUCUUUAAGAAGGGGGUGUUCGACUACAGCAGCCAUGGGACGGGCUGACACACACAUAAACUCUCAUUUUCAUGGAUUACAUGCCGAUCUCUGAUACAAAUACUUACUACAAACCAAUUCACUCCAAAACAUUUCACCCUAAAAUAAAAACGAACAAAAUAAGAAAUGAUAUUUUCUGCAUAAAAUCAGAUCUUUAGCUUCAUGCAGAUUUAUUUAUUUUUUUUGCAUGGGAACAUUAUUGUCAAGAUAUUUAUAAAUAAUGCGCACAAUAGACUAUCAUUCUUUUUUACAUAUUAUUACAUACAAUUUUUGUUUA